AUGCCCGAAGCCGGACCGAGGAUGAAUGGCUUUUCUUUCAACGAACUGUGCUGGCUAUUCUGCUGUCCGCCUUGUCCCAGUCGCAUCGCGGCCAAACUAGCUUUCCUCCCUCCGGAGCCCACCUACUCUGUCCAUACCGAUGAGAACGGGGAAAGUAGCUUGCGUUUGGGCGAAAGGGCGGACUGGCAGUACUCCCAGCGCGAAUUGGAUGUGGUGGAGGUAUUCAGCACGAGAAGUAGUCGGGGCAACCGGGUACAAACUAUGUAUGUGCGCUGCGCGCCCAACAGCCGCUACACGUUGCUAUUCUCGCACGGAAACGCUGUGGACUUGGGACAGAUGUGCAGUUUUUACAUCGGCUUGGGCUCCAGGAUCAACUGCAACGUGUUUUCUUAUGACUACUCGGGCUAUGGCGUCAGUACUGGCAAGCCCUCUGAGAAGAACAUGUAUGCGGAUAUCGAGGCGGCCUGGCAGGUCCUGAGGAACAAGUAUGGAGUAACGCCAGAAAACAUCAUCCUAUAUGGGCAGAGUAUCGGCACCGUGCCCACCAUCGACCUUGCCGCCCGCUAUGAAUGCGCCGCUAUUAUCCUGCACUCACCACUCAUGUCAGGGCUACGAGUGGCUUUCCCCAACACUCGCAAAACCUACUGCUUCGAUGCUUUCCCCAGUAUUGACAAAGUGUCCAAGGUGUCAUCCCCAGUGCUGGUGAUCCACGGUACAGAGGACGAAGUGAUUGACUUCUCCCACGGCUUAGCUAUGUACGAGCGCUGCCCCCGUGCUGUCGAGCCCCUCUGGGUGGAGGGAGCGGGCCACAAUGACAUUGAACUGUACGCGCAAUACCUGGAGAGACUCAAGCAGUUCAUUUCCUUUGAGCUCGCCACAUCGUGA